AUAGGAAAGCCGAGAGAAACAGACAGACAGACGUGGUUGAGCCCAUCAGGUGUUUUUCGCUCACGUUCGCUAAAUAGGUCUGUUUUUCAUGCAAUUUCUGUGGAAUUUAGUGACAGUAACACUAUUUAGAGACGAAGAAAUCAGUGCUUGGACCUACGUUACGUAAACGGCAGAUUUAAUGCGUUCUGUAGAUUCAAUGUAUACCGGCCAUUGUCCUACACUUAAAUUCCGCUUUGGUAAACCAUAUGGAGCAAACACUAAAGAUAUUAUCAAGGAACUGAGUGUGAAAGAUUUGUCAGUUCGCCAUGAGCCGUACAGACAAAGUGAUCCCAACAAAGUGGUACUUACCACAGCAGUUCGUAAAGAAGGUCAUGCUGAGGAUCCAGUGCUGCCUUUUAAACACAGGGCCCGUAGAUAUGUGCUGGGAUACACAGGUUAUAUUCCAGGGAUGAAUUUCCGAUAUGGCAAAUCUUUCCAGCGAGCAGCAGAUGACAGUGUGAUGGAAUUCAGUCAGAGAAUGUCACAAGAGAAAGUGAGGAAAGAGAAGGAUCGUGGGCACAGGUCACAGUCUGCUCCUAAAAUGCCCCCUGUCCGAUCCAGAGAUGAAGUGAAGAACACAUUAAACAACUACCAUAGUUGCAAAUAUAGUGAUAACCACAUCUCUCCUGAGUUUCCACCCAUUGCAGGAUAUACGGGCCACAUCCCUCGAGUGCGCAGCACAGAGGUUUCACUCAGCCAGCGGUACAACACUGCAGCCCGGAAUGGAUUGGCGCUAUUACGUGAGGAACGGCAGCGUAGAAGUGAAAUUGAAGAGGCAACGCAGGCAGUACGCAGAGCUCUCCAGCAUGAUAGUAGAUACACUAUACCAGCCAUGUGAACAGCAAGUGAGCAAGACAGUGUAACUUUGAAGAAUAUUUAACAGAAAUGUCUUAACUAGCUUGUGUGCGCAUGUGUGUGCGCACGCACGUGCAUGCACUCAUGUGCAUGUGUGCACAGUGCUGUCAGUUAUGAAAAUAAUUCCAUUUUCUUUUUUCAUUGUGUUGCAAUAUAUAGGUUGCUUCUAGACAGAAAAAAGAUCUCUUGUCUGACAGAACAAAUAUACAUACAUGCAUGCACACACACAUACAUGUGCACAAAAAUACAUAACAUACAGCCUAUAAGCUGUAUAAGUUUUCAUUACUAAUUACUUUUCCCAUAUAAACCAUAAAUGCCUAGUCCCUUAGAACUCUUCAAGGAAUUUGGUACUAUAUAAUUAUUAAGCAUACAUUUGUUACAAUAAAUACAUGUUUUUAAAAUCCUAAGUCCCUGUGCCAUGAUAAAAAAGCAAGGGUUAAAUUAUUUACGAUUUGCAGGAUUAAAGAUAAAAAUAUCACAUAAUUAAAAAUUCAUUAUAUUUUAUAUUAUUGUUAAUGGGAACAAUUUUUUAAAUAAUUUGUUUUUAAAUCAGUCAAAAGAGAUUUCUGUUUCGGUCCAUAUGAUAUGUUUAUUAAUUAAUAAAACUCACUUUAAUGUGAUUUUAAAAACGAAUUUCCAGUUUUAUUAGACAGCAUUGUAAUACAUGAAGGACCACUUAUGUGGUAACUCUUUCCAGACUUAUUUUUAUUUCAAUAAAUCUUUUUACAUUUAAAUGUUAUACUUGGUAACAUUUAUAUUGCUGAAGGACAAAAAAUAAACUUCAACUGUUAAGAAAUGCCAGAAUAUGUUUCUUUCACUGAUCUCAAACACCAAAUAAUAGCCCUAUGUCUUUGUCUAAUGAAUAACAUUUAAGAGGUUAAAGAAGAAGUACAGAAGCGAUUAAUCAAUCUGGCGACAGUUUAUAUAUUUCAUGCAUAUCACAAUUAUUUCUGAUUUCCAAGUACUUCUGAUUUAUUAAAAUGAUUUAAUUUAUUGGUUGCUACCAUUUGCUUCAGUAACCAGUUGUACCUGAUUUUGUAUAACAUUUAUCAGUUUUUGACAUUCUAUGAGUAAAAUCAAUUACAUAUGUUUCAAAGAACUCAUCUUUCAAUUAAUCUUAAUUAUAUUCUAUAUAAACUUCUCAUAAGUUGCCCUCGGUGGUCUAGUGGUUAGCGUGCUUGCCACUGGACCCAAGGUUUGUGGGUUCAAACCCAGCCGGGGUUGGUGGAUUUUUAAGUGUGAUAAAAAUCUGUAGCACAACUUUCUUUAGAGGGGAAGUAAAGCCGGCUGUCACAUCAAAAUUAUUGUAUUAUUAUCACUGUUGUAAUUAUUAUUAUGUAUUUUCAUUUAUUCUGUGACCUAUUAAGAGGCUGGCAUUUCCUACACUAUAUGACUUGGUUCUUUGAAUGAGGUAAUAAAUCCUUCACACUACAUGUAAUGGUUGUUCCAUCAUGACUAGCUCACCUGAACAUUGUUUGUGAAAACAGGGUGUAUCACAUGUUAAGGUUUUUAUCAAGAUGUUCUUUUGUAUUGUUUAACCUACUCCUUAUAGUUUGUCUGUGUAAAACCCUACUCCUUCCACCUCCUCUAAUUAAUCUCCUUUAAUUUAACCCUACCAAGUAAUCUUCAAAAGCAUUUUCAGUAAAUACAAAUAAUAAAUAAAUUAUACAUAUAUUUAA